UGCUGCGCAGCCGUUGAGGAAGCCCUCAUUCGGUUCCUUAGCUGCAGCAGUAGCCAGCACUCAGCCACAGCUCGAGAGUCUGGGACUUGGGGAGCCACCAUGAACCCCCACCCUAUUAACAAUAAAAUCGAUGGGAUGAGGAGGUGGCACGAGGCAGACAGGGAAUUCGCCUUAGCCUUCGUGAGGAGGCUGAGGGCGGUCUUAGGCAGGGAGGGGGCGAUGGGCAACAACCCAAACUGGGCUGACCAGCAGCAGCCGGGGGAGGCGGAGACGGGGGAGUUGGAGGUAGAGGGCGAGGCUCUGGCCUUGGCUGCGGCCUCGGGCGGCCCCAGUGAGGCAGAUGAUCAGAGGGAGCGAGGGACUCCAGAAGCAGAAGCAGCACAGGCAGACGCAGUCGCAGCACUAGCAGGAGAAGCAGCAGUAGAGGUCCCCGAGGCUGAGGCUGAGGCAGAGGCCUUGGCCCACCGCAGCGCCCUGGAGGACGACCAGAUGGAGCUGGGGGACGAAGGCGACGCCAUGGAGGAAGAGGAGGCUGGUGAUGCUGCUGCUGCAGCAGCAGCAGCAGCAGCAGCAGCAGCGGCGAAGGCUGAAGCCGAGGAGCAGGAGGUAGUCGACGACCAAGGUUUCCAGGAGGGGGAGGAGGAGAUCGGCCUUGAGGAGGAGGGAGAGCGGGUGGCGGCCGAGGCUGCCGCUGCCACGGUCCCCCUACAGCGGCAGAUGCCCUUGGAGGGGGCGUUGGCAGCGGGAGGGAGCGCCUGCAAAGAAGGAGGAGGAGAUGGCGGCUCCGGUCCCAGCUCCAGGGCUUCCCUGUUCGCUGCAGGGCCUGAGGCUGGAGCCCCUCCCCUCAAGGGGGCUGUGGGUUGGCUGGUCCCGGGGCGGGAGGGCACUAACUGCCCCGGACCCCAGGGGCCCCAGUGCAAACGAGGCGUCAAAAGGCCUCGUGAGGAGUUGAGCCGCAGCUUCCGUAAUGGUUUGGAAGGCAACCAGCUGGAAGCGGCAGCAACCCAGGCACCCCCUCUGCCACCUGGCCAGGGCCCAGUGCCGCCACCCCAGCCCGGCCCCCCACCUGAGGAUCAGUCCGUGGAGCCCUCUGCUUUCGGCCUGGGGAGGAGAAUGCGCCUGGUGCUGCUAGGCAACCGCGGCCCCAAUUGAGCUCCCAAAGAGGAGGAAUCUGAGCCGCCACCCUGGAUAAUAUGUGAAGAAAAAAGACAGCAGAAAAUGUCUAACGAAGAUUGACUUCAUUCAAGUUCCUUCCUUCAAUGUUAUUUUGUUCCUUCUGUUUAAAGCAUAUUCAAAAAUCAAAUAAAAUUGAAAGCAAAGUUA